GGCCAGGUAGACCGACUGACUGAAAGCAAAAUGGGUUUGUUUGCUCCACUGCCCAAUCCCAUUGCUGGGGUUUUGAGCGACAUUCGCCCGGUUGAUGGUUUAGAGGUGGAACCUUUGUUAGAGUUUUUGGGAAAGGUGUUGCACCUGAAGGAGUUCCCAGGCAUGGAGGACUCAGUAGUGUUGGAACUGCUGGUUCCACUCUGCCUGAGACCUCUUGGUGACAAAUUGUUAGACUGUUUGAAACGGGGAGUAAAUUUUGACAAUUUUCACAGUGAAGUGCUUGAGCUCUUUGUCCCCUUCAGGGUCAUGGAGAGAUUGAAAGUUGAGAGGGUGUUUCGUCCUCAAAAAUUUGAUGAAACUCUGAGUCAGUAUGUGGGUGACAUUUGUGGCGUGUGGCGUGUCCUACGGCUGGGCAUCCCUGAAAACCAACUGGUGGACAUUGUCUUGCAGGGGUUGAAGCCUGAGGAGCGGUCCAGACUGAUUUUUGCUCCGAAGCCUUCUUCUUUUGCAGACCUGGAUAGGUUGGUCAUCCUGUCACGGAGCGUUCAAGACGCUGAUUGUAAAAGGGAGCACGUUGCGGGGCAUCUUCCCCGGACUGGUCCCCAUCCCGCUGUAGCAUCCGUGUGUCGAGGUCCUGAAACACCGCAGAGACAGAGGCAUCCUAUUGUUUGCUUUGGCUGUGGUCAAACAGGUCACAUGAGACGAGAGUGUCGUCAGAGGGUUAAUCUUGGGACUUUGUCCAAAAACCUAAGUAGCUCACAAGGGGAAAGUUUGCCUAAACCGCCCUGUGAGAAAGCUGUUUUGGAGAAAGUCAGCAGGAAUUUGGUUUCUCUGAGUACUGCCCCUUCUGGGAGUGCUGGUUUUGGGGAGCCUCUGUCGCGGGGUAUGAGGGAGCUUGCAUGCAUGGGAGUGAAAGCGGCGCGCUCAACUUGCCCACGACUCAACAUCUUCUUAGGUAAAACGGUGCAGAAGGCCCUUGUGGAUUCUGGGUCAGCCCGUUGUCUCAUUUCCCUUUCCCUGUUUGAAAAUCUAAAAUCUUCUGGGCUAAUCAAGCAAGUUGAGCGAAGUACACACAUCUGCUGGACUGCGUCGAAAUCCCCACUUCCCAUCAUCUAUGAAGCCCUUCGUUCCCAUCCUUACAAGCUUGCUCCACCCAAGAUGGAAACACUCCGUGGAAUCAUCAAUGAGCUUCUUGAAAAUGGGACAUCAGAUGAGGUCCCAGAUGGGAGGCUCUUACUGGUUGCUGCUUCCGGAGAGGUUCGCCCAGGGAGACACUACUCCUUCUCCGUCUUCGGGCUGCUCAUUACCCUGCUCCUGGGACCAGUAAGCCUUCAUCUGCUUUCUACUACUAUGCCGCCCUACGCCAUCUUCCGGAUGGAUCACCGCCGCCCACCAUUACACGACCAGACGCUGAUAGACUAUAUCAUUCAGCUCACGUUGCUGAGGCUGACGCAGCCUGGAACAGUCCCAGCAAUCAGUACUGGCCUUCAUUGCUGUAUCUCCAGAAUCGACAACCUAUCGUAG